UAGGAAUGCGGAAGCGGAGAUCUCGACAAAGAGAACAAGUAACGAACGAGGUUGUUGUAUAUCAAUCUGUGAUAUUUUACUGGAAAGUGGCUGCCGCCCUGUAUCGUGGGAUGGCACUAAACUAUCUGGAAGGACCAUUCGUGUUCAGGCUGAAUGAAAACGGCGCGGGACCUCAUCUACUAGUUCAAGUGUGCACCGAGCGUGGUUGGCGUGAGUAUACAGGGGAUAACAUGACGCUUAAGGAUCGCUGGAAUCUUUGGUGGCGUUCCGGAGGGUUCCCGUCAAACCAUUACAAAACGUUGCUUCCUUGGCAGUUCACCAAUCACAUACCAAAGGGAAGCUCGAUAUGCCGGAAGGACAAUUUGGUGAGACAUCUGAAGUGUAUGAAGAAGAUUUACGGAUCGAUAUAUGACUUUAGCCCCCUCGGAUACAAUCUUCCAUUAGAAUACACGAAGCUAGCGGCAGAUUGUAGCCGAUAUGAAAAGGACGACAGGGUAUGGAUCUGCAAGCCAGUCGGUCAAAGUCAGGGCAGAGGAAUAUUUCUAUUUCGAAAGCUGAGCGAUCUCACGUACGACAACAUGGCUGUGGUUCAGAGGUACAUUAAAAAUCCGCUCCUCAUUGGGAGCUACAAGUUCGACCUUCGACUUUACGUCUGCGUGCCUUCCUAUAAACCUCUGACAAUUUACCUCUACAAGGAAGGGUUGGUUCGUUUUGCAACCGAGAAGUUUUCGCUGGACAAUUUGGACAACCCUUUCCGUCACCUCACGAACUGCUCUCUAAACAAACUUGGUCCAGGAUACUCGGAGAAGAAGGAGAGGGUUGGGGCAGGGUGCAAGUGGACCCUGAGACAACUGAGGCGAUACCUGGAACAGUCUGGAUAUUCCGACUGGUUUUUAUGGCAGCGAAUCGCGUGUCUCGUCAGCCUUACGAUACUUAGUCAAGCGGCUGGAAUUCCACGGUCCUCGAACUGCUUCGAGUUUUUUGGUUUCGACGUUCUCAUUGACGAGAAUUUGAAACCUUGGCUCAUAGAGGUCAACGUCAGUCCAGCCCUGGGAAAUGACUGCGAGGUUGAUUCUGAAGUGAAGAAGCCGCUGCUUCACGACAUGUUCGACCUACUGGGUCUCCCGGUCUGCAAUACCGGAUUAUCUCUUUUCACGAUUUGGGCAACAAGUGAAGAGGAAGCAGAGGAUGAGCGAUCCUCGCGCUGCUACCCGAGCAAGGAAUCGAAAAGACCAUGCAAAAUCGGAAGGGAAUCGGUUGCUCUGAUCAACGUUUGCCCCGAACCCCAAACUAUGUUUCGACAGGGGAUUCCGGACGCGUGCGGUGACGUUUGGUCCCGGUACAAUGCGUUGUCAGUCGACAGGGUAACGCGGCGUGGUUUCAAAGGAAACAAUUCAACGCCGCCACCCUUCGUCUGGGACAAUGGAAAGGACUGGCGCAACCCCGUGACCCGCGAAGGAGGAUGGAUCCGUACGUAUCCACUGACGCAUUUGAAGCCAAGGGAGUCUACGGAGUUCAUACAUCACUCGGGUAGCCCCUUGCUCAGCGAUACGCCGCGCAUCGCCGAAAAGGAAAUAAAAAAUACGGUGAUGUGCAUUUACAAGUACCUGAAAGCCGCCAAAGAUGUUCACGGAAAACUCGGCCACUUGGGUGAUGACCCUUGUAACGAAUUCCUACAAAGCUCUCUAGGGCUGAAUACAGAAGUAUGGCUGCCGGAGAAAUGAAUCGAUGCCAUAACGUUGUGAAUGAUUAAAUACUAUUUAUUCAGUUCUGUCUUUUUUUCUACGCGUAUACUAUAUCACGCAGAACGUAAGUCGAUCGAGUUUUUUCUUUUGCGUUCUACGCGAUAGCUUAGGACUCGUUACAACGUUAAUUCGUCAGAAUUGUAAUAGUAGAGGAAAAAUAUCAGGAAUAAAAAUA